CAGGUGGUGACCUACAAUCUUGCCAGAACAGCUCCACAUAUCUUGGCUGGAUCUUUAUCUCCUCCUUCUACAUCCGUCUUGGACACUUUAUCAUAGCACGGACUACUUCAAGUUUUUCCCCUCUCAUGGAUUAUGCCUUAAUUUUCAGAUCUGCAUACAAUUCCCGUGCGAUGGAAUCAGCACAAGUGGAUUAUGUCAGGCUGGACGAAUAUAUUCUACGGAAAAUGCUGGACAUGAGGAGAGGAUACACAAUAUGUGAAACAAUACAGCUCCGUGCUGCUGCCUUCUCCUGAUCUGAGACCAACAGAUGAGGUCAGCUAAACUCAUCACCAUGGUGACCUUCUCCGAAACGACACAGGUCUCCCCUAUGGAGCUGCGUGAGCCGACCUGCCUGACCGCAACCCUGUCCCCCGGGCUGCGGCGGAAAAAGAUGCUGUGGCAGAACGCUGUAAAACACAUCAUUAUCCAGCAGGAGCUCAGCGCCCAGGUGGGUGUGGAGCCUGCAAGAAAAAUCUGUGUGACGGAUGCCUACAUGGAAGAGAUCAACAGACAAAUCCGCAACAAGGCCUCACGUGGGGUCACAAAACGCCGCUCCUCGACAUUCAGAGUGCACCCUACCCAUUCCCGUGGCUCCACCAGCACAUGCAACAGUGCCAGGGCAUCUUGUAAUGAAUAUGCCAGCGAUGCUGACUUCUUUCUGCACUGGGGCCACUCAAUUCGUGGAGUCUACAUCCCCACCCUGAGGCACACCUUCAAGUCUCGUGAUUUGGAGAAACUCUACCAGCAACACUACUCCCACCAGAGACGCAACUCUCUAGCCUUCACUAAUGUAAUCGAUGCAGUGGCCAAGCUACACGUGUUGGUUCUGUACCUGGCGCUGGCCCCUGACACAGUCACAGACACUAUGCGUGGCUGCCUGACGGGCGUUUUCAUGGUGUUAGCUAUUGCGCUGUGCAUCCUGGUGUUAACCUGCAAAGACUCCAUGUCACCGCGGUGGCUUCACUACGCCGGCCUAGCUAGCUGGCUGUCUCAGACCACACAGGUGCUGGGAGGACUGGUGUACGGACUGGAAAAAGAUCCAUCGUGGUAUGUUUUGUUCACACUGUUCGCCACAUACACGCUGCUGCCGUUACCUCUACUGUGGGCCAUCUGCGCCGGCACCCUCACCUCAGUACUGCACCUCAUGGUGGAGGUAGUGCUCCACUACAAUGAUGCCGUGAUUUUGAGAAAGGUGUUUGCCAAAGCCCUGUUGUACCUGGGUAUGAACACAGCUGGCUUGUUCAUCCACUACCUGACAGACCACGCCCAGAGACAGGUCUUCCUGGAGACGCGGCGCUGCAUUGAGGGUCGCCUUAAACUCGAGCAAGAGAACCAGAGACAGGAGCGUCUGGUGCUGUCGAUCCUGCCUCGCUUUGUUGCCUUGGAGAUGAUCGCUGACAUGAGCUGUUUGGAAGAUGAGCUCAACCCUCACGAGUUUCACAAGAUCUAUAUCCACCAGUACAAAGACGUCAGCAUCCUUUUUGCAGACAUCAAGGGCUUCACUCUGUUGUCCAUGAACCUGUCGGCCCAGGAUCUGGUCCGAACCCUCAACGAGCUCUUUGGGCGCUUUGACCGACUGGCAGAUGAGCACCACUGCCUGCGGAUAAAGAUACUUGGAGACUGUUACUACUGUGUGUCAGGUGUGCCAGAGCCACAGCGUGCACAUGCCCGCCAUUGUGUCGAGUUGGGCCUGGCUAUGAUCAACACCAUACAGUACGUGCGGAAACACCUGAACUUUGACAUGAACAUGAGGAUCGGGAUCCACUCAGGCUCUGUCCUGUGUGGCGUGCUGGGCCUGCAGAAAUGGCAGUUUGACGUCUGGUCCUGGGACGUGGGCAUUGCCAACAUGCUGGAGGCCGGGGGCAUACCUGGACGCAUCCACAUCUCGAGGGCGACUCUGGACUGUCUAGAGGGCACCUACAAGACAGAAGCUGGUAACGGCCGUGACAGGAACGAGUUUCUGCACAAACACAACAUCGACACUUUCCUCAUCUGUGCUCAGGAGGAGAGGAAUAAACUUGAUCCUGCCGAGCCCCCCAAAGUCCAGAAAACAAAUCGAACCUGGAACCCAGAGCUGCCCUUUGGGAGCGCCAUUGACAUGAACAGUAUCCUCGCCUCAUUUACAAAUGGCUCGCUGCCCCACAUUUGGCACUCCACCUCCAAGGAGAUCAAUAAGCGCAUCAAGCACGCCAUCGAGGUUCGAAGCAGUGACCGUAUGCACAGGGAGCACAUCACUCCUCUGACCCUGGUGUUCAAAGACAAGCACAUCGAGGACAAGUUCUCCCAGAUGAGAGAUGAGAUGUUCAACUCCAACCUGGUCUGCUCCUUCAUCAUGCUCCUCUUUGUCAUGGCUGUCCAGGCCCUCAUUCCUGCACCCAGGCUGUUCCCAACCGUCCUCCAGUUUUUAGUCUUCCUGCUCGUCUACGUGCUGUUGCUGCUGCUGGCCCUGGCCGAAGAGUUCAGGUGCACUCCUGCGCUGCUGCAACACUUCUGCUGCUGGAUCCAUGAAAACAACAGCGCCCGCAACCUCCUCACCCUCACCGCCAUCGUCAUCAACUUUAGCUUGGUCUCUACUGACAUGGUAUGGUGCAUUCUCACAGACACAGGGGAGGCUGAAGUAAUAGACAGAACCAACACAGCCUCACGUGCACUCACCGUCUGCACUUACCCUGAGGUCUUUGUAUUGAGCAGUGUGAUUGCCAUGGUGACUUGUGCCGUCUUCCUGCGUCUAAACUCUCUGCUGAAGCUGGCAGUGUUGCUGCUGGCGGUGGCUGUUUACUCCUACCUCAUCCACCUGGCCUUCCUCACGCUCACACGCCAUGAUAUGCUGCACAGGUCUCACUAUGUCAGAAGGAAAGGAAUCUCCAUCCUUCUCAUGGCCAUGUUUAUUGUUGCUGUCUUCUACAACGGACGGCAGUGGGAGGCCACUGCCAGACUGGACUUCCUGUGGCGUCUGCAGGCCCAACAGGAAGUGGAGGACAUGAGGGAAUUGCGGGAACACAACGAGUGUCUGUUACACAACAUCUUGCCUAUGCAUGUGGCGCGACAUUUUCUGGACCGGAGCAAGAAUGAUGAGGAGCUUUACUCCCAGUCCUACGAUGAAGUCGGUGUUAUGUUCGCCUCCAUCGCUGGGUUCAACGAGUACUUUGAGCAGAAAGAGAUCAAACAUGAAGGAGUGGACUGCCUCCGACUUCUGAAUGAGAUCAUUGCUGGUUUUGAUGAGUUGUUGGAGGAGUCGUACUUCCACUAUGUGGAGAAAAUCAAGACCAUUGGGAGCUGCUAUAUGGCAGCCUCUGGCUUAGCUCCAGACAAACAGGCAUCCAUGGAUGAAUGGAAUCACCUGAGCGAGCUGGUUUUGUUUGCGUUGGCAAUGCAAGAGACCUUGAGAGAGAUCAACAGGCUCUCUGCCAAAAACUUUCAGCUGCGUGUGGGCAUUGCCCACGGGCCGGUGGUGGCAGGGGUGAUCGGUGCCACCAAGCCUCAGUAUGACAUCUGGGGGUCAACAGUGAAUCUGGCCAGUCGUAUGGACAGCACAGGAGUGAGUGGACGCAUCCAGGUGCCUGAGGCCACGCGCAAGAUCCUGGCAGAAUGGGGUUUUGUGUUGGAGCUGCGUGGAGAAAUCUUUGUCAAGGGGGUGAGCGAGUGCCAGGGCAAAGUCCGCACCUAUUUCAUCAGCACCAUGCGCAGCAAGAAGGCCAACCUUGGAACAGAUGGUCGCCUGGGGGGGCGGACAGCAGGACGCAUGACGCUCGCAGGAGUAGUGUUUGGUCUCGUCCAGGCCAGACACAAGGAAAAGAUGAGAGAUACAAACGGGGGGUUCAGUCUGGCUCCCCGCACCCUUCAGUGCUGAGGGGACACUUAGAGUCAGCAGGUGGAGGAGGAGGACGCAGCGCAGCCAUAUUGUUUGUUACUGGUUUACAGUUUUGUUUGCUUCAUACUUUGCCAUAUAUAUAUUAGCUGCACAAACGGAGAAAAGGUGUAGCUGCCACAGGAUCCAGAUC